AUGGCGGGGGCCGCCCCGACUACAGCCUUCGGGCAGGCUGUGAUCGGGCCCCCGGGCUCAGGGAAAACUACGUACUGCCUGGGCAUGAGUGAGUUCCUGCGCGCGCUGGGGCGGCGCGUGGCGGUGGUGAACCUGGACCCAGCUAACGAAGGACUGCCUUAUGAAUGUGCCGUGGACGUGGGCGAGCUGGUGGGUCUGGGCGACGUAAUGGACGCGCUGCGCCUUGGGCCCAACGGUGGCCUGCUCUACUGCAUGGAGUACCUGGAAGCUAACCUAGACUGGCUGCGCGCGAAGCUGGAGCCCCUGCGAGGCCACUACUUUCUCUUCGACUGCCCCGGACAAGUGGAGCUCUGCACGCACCACACCUCCCUACGCAGCAUCUUCUCCCAGAUGGCUCAGUGGGACCUGAGGUUGACUGCUGUUCACCUUGUGGAUUCUCACUACUGUACAGACCCAGCCAAGUUCAUCUCAGUACUGUGUACCUCCCUGGCCACCAUGCUGCAUGUGGAACUGCCCCAUGUCAACCUCCUCUCCAAGAUGGACCUUAUUGAACACUAUGGGAAGCUGGCCUUCAACCUGGACUACUACACUGAAGUCCUGGACCUCUCCUACCUGCUUGACCACCUGGCAUCCGACCCUUUCUUCAGUCACUACCGACAGCUCAAUGAGAAGCUAGUGCAGCUCAUCGAGGACUACAGCCUGGUCUCCUUCAUCCCACUGAACAUCCAGGACAAGGACAGCAUCCAGCGAGUCUUACAGGCUGUGGAUAAAGCCAAUGGCUACUGCUUUGGGGUUCAAGAGCAGCGGAGUCUGGAAGCCCUGAUGUCUGCAGCAGUGGGAGCUGACUUCCAUUUCUCCUCCACCCUGGGCAUCCAGGAAAAGUACUUAGCAUCCUCGGACCAGACCGCAGAGCAGGAAGCCAUGCAGCUGUAAUAUAUGGGGCCUGGAUCGCCGUGGACAGCUCAGCAGGGUAUGGACCCAAAGCCAUAUCCAGCCAGAGCAGAGGCUGGAAGGGAACCACGGUCCCUGCAAAGGACUUCUGAAUAAGAAGCCACACACAGCACCCUUUGUGGUGCCCAUAAACUCAGGGCCCUGCCCCCAGGAGGUGGGGACCAAAGGUUGUGGAAUAGCUCUCCUCGGGCUGCAGUGGAUGGGUGCGCUCUGACACAGGAUUAUUUUCUAUUUUUUGUGACCUCAAACUUUCCUUCAACCCUAUGGACCCAGGGACUCGGAGAACAAAGAAACAUCUUUGUCCCUCCAAA